CUAGGUGCCCCGCCCAUGCCUGAGCAGCUUGUGGCGCAUGCGCGAGCGGGCUGGGGCUGUGUGCAGGGCCAACGCGGAGCCGGAGCAGCCGCGGUGAAACUCCUGGGCUCCGCUGAGACCGUCGUGCCCGCUCGUCGCCUCGAAGUAGCAGCUUCGAGCCGUCGCCGCUACUGGGUGAACGGCCGCCUAUUGUCCUUCUCGGCGGCGAAGGUGCGGAGCUGCUCUGGCUGGGCCCGCGGGGGAGCCCCGGGCGCCGCACGAACCUUCGCCAGAACCUUCCCCAGAAUCUUCCCCAGGACCUUCCCCGGAACCUUCCCCGGAACCUUCCCCAGAACCUUCCCUAGACCAAAAAGGGACACAGUGCUGCAUCGCCUGCAUCUGUCCUGGGUCAUGAAACUUAAUCCACAGCAAGCUCCGUUAUAUGGCGACUGUGUGGUUACGGUGUUGCUGGCUGAGGAGGACAAAGUUGAGGAUGAUGUAGUUUUUUAUUUGGUAUUUUCGGGUUCCACCCUCCAUCACUGCACAAGUACACGGAAGGUCAGUGCUGAUACGCUGGAGACCAUUGCUCCUGGUCACGACUGCUGUGAGACCGUGCGGGUGCAGCUGUGUGCUUCCAAGGACGGCCUUCCCGUGUUCGUGGUGGCCGAGCAAGACUUCCGGUUCGUCCAGGAUGAGGCGUACGACGCAGCCCAGUUCCUGGCCGCCAGCGCCGGCAACCAGCAGGCCCUGAACUUCACCCGUUUCCUCGACCGGUCAGGACCCCCGUCUGGGGAUGUGAAUUCCCUUGAUGAGAAGGUUGCCCUGGCAUUCAGACACCUGAAGCUGCCAGCGGAGUGGAAUGUGCUGGGGACAGAUCAGACGUCUCAUGACGGCGGCCCCCGGGAGACGUUGAUGCAUUUUGCCGUGCGGCUGGGCCUGCUGAGGUUGACGUGGUUCCUGCUGCAGAAGCCCGGUGGCCGCGGGGCCCUCAGCAUCCACAACCAGGAAGGGGCAACACCUGUGAGCCUGGCCCUGGAGCGAGGCUAUCACCAGCUGCACCAGCUUCUAACCGAGGAGAACGCCGGAGAACCAGACUCCUGGAGCCGUCUAUCCUAUGAGAUCCCUUAUGGAGACUGUUCUGUGAGGCACCAUCGAGAGCUGGACAUCUAUACGUUAACCUCUGAGUCCGAGGCGCACCAUGAACCCCCAUUUCCUGGAGACCGUUGCACUGGACACAUAUUUAAACUUAGGAACAUCCAACAGCAGCUAAUGAAAACAAACCUUAAGCAGAUGGACAACCCCAUGCCCUUAAUGGUGACAGCACAGGAUCCUUCAGGUGUGCCCGCUGCCCAGGAUACAAACAGCCAGUGUCUCUGCUGUGCAUCAGCCCCCAGGGACGGCCAGCAGCGCCCUCUUCCCGAAGACACCGCAAGCUCUCCGUGCUGCCCAGGGAGCACUGCGGGGGGGAUUGCAAGUUCCUGCGAUUUGUCAGGUGUGGCUAAGGAGGAGCACACAGACUGUUCCUGCGGGAGGAGAACUGCAGGCGUGGAGAGAAAAGGGGAAGAGGUGGAGGCAGCACGCGCUGCGGACUGCGGAGCCGCAUCUGGGCCCAGCCACUGCCUGCAGAGUGUGCCCGAUUGUGGAGGAAAGGGCGCAGGGGGCGUCCCCUGCUGUGGACUCAGAAACGGAGAAACUGGAACAGAAUCUGCCGCACUGGCCGCGGACCAGGAGUCUCCAGGCGCCGGAGACCACGUCCCGCAGGGAGACGUGGCCAUGCAGCCGGGCACCGCUGCCAUUCGGCAUCUGUCUGGAGGGGAGCUCGCAGUCGGCGUCCCAGCGACUGCUGGGGACCCAAAAUGUGAUCUCGGGAACACAGACACCCCCACCCAGAAGAACGUGCUCGAAGCUGGGGGGAGCACGGACAAAGAGGUUGCCAGCUCUGGUGUCAGCACGGCUGGAGCCUGUGAUGGAAGAGGCCCGAGGAAGCCUGCAGGUGAAGCCGGCGCUCCUCACGGCGUCCCUGCCACAAGUGCUUCCCUGGAGGCUUCCAGACCUGUCGAGUGUUCACCUGCAGGCAGUAACGGAGAAGCCUCCACCGUCAAAACUGCAGAGACUGAAACUUCGCGAGGUUGUGAGGGGGGCGCUGGGGUUCCACCAAAUCCGAGCCCCCCAGUACUUGCAGCUGCAGCGGAAGACACGCCUGCCAAUGGGUUUGAGCCCUGUGCUCCCUUGGCAGGCACAAGUGUGCCAACAUCGCCCUCUGGCCUAACCUUUCCUGGGCCGCAAAAAGACACGGCAAACCAGGAGCCAGAAACGGAUUCACCUCCCAUCCAAAGCCCAAACAGCGAAUCACCCCUCUGUCCCCCCGCUGGAGGUGGCAAGCCGUGUGCUGUCUCCACGCGGCAGCAGGACACGGUGACUUCUGGUGGUGUGUUGGCCGCGGAACGCUGUGAUGACAUAGUUACCCGGCCUGAAAGCAGUCCCCCAGGACUGCCCCCCACGCAGCAUCCACCCCCCGCCGCCUGCUGUGAAGGUCCACGGGCUAGCCCGGCCACCCCCGGCCCUGUGCGAGAUACCCAGGAACAUGUGGCAUUUUGUCGUCUUGAAGUUUCGGAUACGAAGGGCCAAGGAGGAGAUUUGAAAUUAGAAACCGACUCAACAGAUACGCUCGGGGUGCGUCCGCACGCUGCUGCCCUCGGAGCCGAGAAGGAGCUGGUGCCGGACCAGGCAGUGACAUCAGACAGGGCUUUUUCUCUGGCAGGCGGUUCAGGCAGUGAAUCAGUAACCAAAGAUGACGCGCUUUCUCUUGUCCCCUCCCAGAAAGAAAAGGGAACAGCAGCUCCUGGACUGCACACGGCUCCAGACGGUAGAGAUGGCCCGGGCGGAGAUGCGAACGAGCCCCUAGAAGACGGCGCCGCAGGCCUGCCCGUGCCCUCCGCUGCUCUCCAGCUUCAGCCCAGCAUGGGGAAUACCAGUCCCACGGCACUUGGCGAGGAACAAGGGGGACCCUGCCUCUCAGCAGCCCCUGAAGUUCCGAAUCUCGAGGGCGGGGCGGACUCUUCUCUGCUGCCUGCGGGGAAGGCCACCGUGGCCUCCAGUUCCAUUUUGACUGAAGAAGGGAAAAAUCUGGUGCUUCCAGAAAGCUCUGAAGCUCAGGGACAGGGUGGCAGGGAUAAAGCAGUGACUUGUUCCCCUGUUAAGGAAGACACGCUUUCCUUGGGAACAUUUCAGGAAGAGCGGAGAACACCACCUCCCGGACAGGAGGCGCAGGGACUCCGUGGAGAGCCCGGCUCCGCUGGCUGUGCCGAGGACAGAGCCCUGGAGCACGGCAACACGCUGGACACGCCCUCGGCCUGCCUUGAUGCAGAAACUCAGCAAAACAAGGAAGUGGCCCCACCAGUCUCGCCACCGACUGAAGGUGGGGCUGCACAGAGCCUGGUGCCGCUGGGAGCCGGGCUGGCUGCAGCCCCACGCCAGGAAGCCCUGGGUGCAGAGCAGGGCAGCUCGGCUCCCUCGCCAGGGCUCUUACUAGAUGGGGCUGAGGCUCAGCCUUGCAGUCGAGCUUUUGCUCUGGAUGCUGGAGCACAAAACCUUAACUCCCAGGAAAUAAACCCUACUUGUGAGGUGAACGGAAAGGCGGCCUUGGAUGUCGCUGUGGCUAACGCUUUACCAGGCACCGUUGGGGCCAGGAGACAGGCCGCAUCACACAACACACAAGACCUUCCGCUUCCAAAAGCCUCGUUGAGCCAGGAGGAGAAUAUGAUCCUGGGGUCGCCAGGAGCUUUACCAGACAGAGGAGUGACUGACCCACAGGGCGCUGCGACUCCAGAGUUGCUCCCUCUCGGUUGGAAGGAAGCGGACCACGGCAGCAGCUUGGGCAGCUCCGGGGAGGCACAGGUGGACACCCAGGCACAUCACAUCCUACGGCAGCCUGUUGCCACAGAGGUCCCCCUGGAGGCCGGGCUCCCACGCACUGAUGACCAGGCCCCAGGCGGGGAAAGGAGCGCUCCCCCUAUGCCCUGUGCUGCGCAUCUGCCCGAGAGCGCUGACUCCAUCGAGGAGGCCGCGAGUCGCAUUGUGGAGGCCGUCCUAGAUCAAGUCAAGGCCUCGGGAGCACUCCUCACUGGGCGGGGGACCAGUCACAUGUCACUGUCCAGUCCUCCAGAGUCAGGCCCGGUGACCGAGCGGCCAGUGAGUGCUUCUGCAGGGAACGUGAUCGCUUUUGUGCCUGGGCAGACCCCACAAACGGGCAGUGUUUGUGAAGAAGCCCCUGGCAACCUCGCAGGGUGUUCGGCUGAAAGCGGGGAGCUGGAGAAGAUGAAUCUGCCUGCUGACGGACCUGAGCCGGCAACAGAAAUGCCAGACCUGAAAGCUGCCGACGAAGUGGAUUUUCGGAGUAAUGGGAGGACGGGUGUGGCCUCUGCAGAGGUGGCCGUGGGAGACGUGGCCACCACAGCAGAGAUGAAACCAGGCCUAAAGACCCAGGCGAUAAACCGGGAAAGCUGGUGUACAAUACAGCCGUGCCCUGAUGCAGCGUCUCUCUUGGCUCCCACACAGAGCCCAGGAUGUGACAGCUUCCUGGAUGUUGGACUGGCCAGAGAGUGUGCCUCAAAACCAGGUGUGCUCAAACGAGAAUCCGGAAGUGACUCUGACCUCUUUCAGUCACCCAGCGAAGAAGUAGACAGCAUCAUCUUCUCCAAGCCCGAGGAAGAGCAGCUGGUCUGUGAUAUCACCGGAUCCAGUUCUUCCACCGAUGACACGGCUUCCUUGGAUCGACAUUCCUCUCAUGGCAGUGACGUAUCCCUCCCCCAGAUUUCAAAUUUGAACAGGUCCAGAGAUCAGCAGUGUCUUGACAGCUUCUACAGCCAUGGGGCUGGAGCUGAGGGUCGAGAGAGUGAGGGCGAAGCUGCUGGCUCAGGUGAGAUGGACGAGGAGGAGAUGGACAGCAUCACCGAAGUGCCCACGAACCGCUCUGUGCUGAGGGGCUCGAUGCGCUCCCUGUCCCCUUUCCGGAGGCACAGCUGGGGUCCUGGGAAGAACGCGGCCAGCGACGCGGAAAUGAAUCAGCGCAGUAUGAGCUGGUGUCCUUCUGGUGUGCAAUAUUCUGCUGCCCUGAGUGCUGACUUUAAUUACAGAAGUUUCAGCCUAGAAGGCUUGACAGGAGGAGCUGGUGUCGGAAACAAGCCGUCCUCAUCUCUAGACGUAAACUCCGCAAACACCAAAGAGCUCAGGCACCCUUUCAGUGGGGAGGCAAGGGGUGACUCUCUGAUGUCGCUUUCAGAAGAGGAUCUGGAAUCAGGCCAGAGAGAACACAGGAUGUUCGAUCAGCAGGCAUGUCACAGAUCUAAACAACAGGGAUUUAAUUACUGUACAUCAGCCAUUUCUUCUCCAUUGACAAAAUCCAUCUCAUUAAUGACAAUCAGCCAUCCUGGGUUGGACAAUUCACGGCCUUUCCACAGCACCAGUGCUAACCUGACCGAGAGUAUAACAGAAGAGACCUAUAGUUUCCUGCCUCAAAGCCCCUCCAAGAAAGAUUUUGAAGGCAAGAGUGGAACAAAAGUCAGCCGCACAUUCAGCUACAUCAAGAAUAAAAUGUCCAGCAGUAAGAAGAGCAGAGAAAAGGAAAAAGAGAAAGAGAAAAUCAAGGAGAAGGAGAAAGAUUUGAAGGAGAAGGACAAGGACAAGAAGACUGUCAACGGACACGCUUUCAGUUCCAUCCCUGUUGUGGGUCCCGUCAGCUGUAGCCAGUGCGUGAAGCCUUUCACCAGCAAGGACGCCUACACUUGUGCAAGUUGCGGUGCUUUCGUCCACAAAGGCUGCAGAGAGAGUCUGGCCUCCUGUGCAAAGGUCAAGAUGAAGCAGCCCAAGGGGACCCUGCAGGCACAUGACACGUCUUCGCUGCCCACGGUCAUCAUGAGAAGCAAGCCCUCCCAGCCCAAGGAGCGCCCCCGAUCCGCGGUCCUCCUGGUGGAGGAAACCACUGCCGUCCCCAUGUUUGCCAGCAGACGGUCACAGCAGAGUGUCUCACUCUCCAAAAGUGUCUCCAUACAGAACAUUGCUGGAGUCGGCAAUGAUGAGAACAUAUCAAACACCUGGAAGUUCCUGUCUCAUUCGACAGACUCACUAAAUAAAAUCAGCAAGGUCAAUGAGUCGACAGAAUCACUUACUGAUGAGGGAGUAGGUACAGACAUGAAUGAAGGACAGCUGAUGGGGGACUUUGAGAUGGAAUCCAAACAGCUAGAAGCAGAGUCCUGGAGUCGAAUAGUGGACAGCAAGUUUCUGAAACAGCAAAAGAAAGAUGUGGUCAAACGGCAAGAAGUGAUUUACGAGUUGAUGCAGACAGAGCUGCACCACGUCCGGACGCUCAAGAUCAUGAGCGACGUGUACAGCCGGGGGAUGAUGACCGAGCUGCUCUUUGAGCAGCAGAUGGUGGAGAAGCUGUUCCCCUGUUUGGACGAGCUGAUCAGUAUCCAUAGCCAGUUCUUCCAGAGGAUCCUGGAGCGGAAGAAGGAAUCUCUGGUGGAUAAAAGUGAGAAGAACUUUCUCAUCAAGAGGAUGGGGGACGUGCUUGUAAAUCAGUUUUCGGGGGAGAACGCAGAGCGCUUGAAGAAGACGUACGGCAAGUUCUGUGGGCAGCACAACCAGUCUGUAAACUACUUUAAAGACCUUUACACCAAGGAUAAGCGGUUUCAGGCCUUUGUGAAGAAGAAGAUGAGCAGCUCCGUCGUGAGGAGGCUGGGAAUCCCGGAGUGCAUACUGCUGGUGACCCAGCGGAUCACCAAAUACCCGGUGUUGUUCCAAAGGAUCCUGCAGUGUACCAAAGACAAUGAGGUGGAGCAGGGAGAUCUCGCUCAGUCCCUCAGCCUGGUGAAGGAUGUGAUUGGAGCCGUAGACAGCAAGGUGGCAAGUUACGAAAAGAAAGUGCGUCUCAAUGAGAUUUAUACGAAGACAGAUAGCAAGUCGAUCAUGAGGAUGAAGAGUGGCCAGAUGUUUGCCAAGGAAGAUUUGAAGCGGAAGAAGCUUGUGCGGGACGGGAGUGUGUUUCUGAAGAACGCGGCAGGAAGGCUGAAAGAGGCUCAAGCAGUUCUCCUUACUGACAUUUUAGUUUUCCUUCAAGAAAAAGACCAGAAAUACGUCUUUGCAUCAUUGGACCAGAAGUCAACAGUGAUCUCUUUAAAGAAGCUGAUUGUGAGAGAGGUAGCGCACGAGGAGAAAGGUCUGUUCCUGAUCAGCAUGGGCAUGAGGGACCCCGAGAUGGUGGAAGUGCACGCCGGCUCCAAAGAGGAGCGGAACAGCUGGAUUCAGAUCAUCCAGGACACGAUCAACACCCUGAACAGAGAUGAAGACGAGGGAAUUCCUAGCGAGAGCGAGGAAGAAAAGCGGGCGCUGGACAGCAGAGCGCGGGAAUUAAAAGAACAACUUCAGCAGAAGGACCAGCAGAUCCUUCUCUUACUGGAAGAGAAGGAGAUGAUCUUUCGGGACAUGACUGAGUGCAGCACUCCCUUGCCUGAGGAGUGCUCCCCGACUCACAGCUCUAGAGUCCUCUUCCGCUCCAACACAGAAGAGGCACUCAAAGGAGGACCUUUAAUGAAAAGUGCAAUAAAUGAGGUGGAGAUCCUUCAGGGUUUGGUGAGUGGAAGCCUGGGAGGCACACUGGGGCAGGCUGUCAGUAGCCCUGUUGAGCAAGAAGGUACGGUUGGCCCUGUUUCCUUGCCCCGGAGAGCAGAGACCUUUGGAGGAUUCGACAGCCAUCAGAUGAACGCUUCUAAAGGAGGCGAGAAGGAAGAGGGAGAGGAUGGCCAAGAUCUUAGAAGAACAGAGUCGGACAGUGGUCUGAAAAAGGGUGGAAAUGCUAACCUGGUAUUUAUGCUUAAAAGAAACAGUGAGCAGGUUGUCCAGAGUGUCGUUCACCUCCACGAACUCCUCAGCACGUUGCAGGGCGUGGUGCUGCAGCAGGACAGCUACAUCGAGGACCAGAAGCUGCUGCUGGCCGAGCGCGCCCUCAGCCGCGGCUCGUCGCGCCCCAGCUCCCUGGUGGAGCAGGAGAAGCAGCGCAGCCUGGAGAAGCAGCGCCAGGACCUGGCCAACCUGCAGAGGCAGCAGGCGCAGCACCUGGACGAGAAGCGGCGGCGCGAGCGCGAGUGGGAGGCCCGCGAGCGGGCGCUGCAGGAGCGCGAGGCGCGGCUGGCGCAGCGCGAGCAGGACGUGCGGCAGGGCCGCCAGGACCUCGACCGUGACCGCGACGAGCUGCAGUUCAAGAAGGGCGCCUACCAGUGCGACCUGGAGAGGCUGCGCGCCGCCCAGAAGCAGCUGGAGAGGGAGCAGGAGCAGCUGCGCCGGGACGCCGAGCGCCUUAGCCAGAGGCAGGCGGAGCACGACGCCUGUCAGGUGUCUCACCCUCACACCAAGCUGCUGAGGAUCCCAUCCUUCUUCCCGAAUCCUGAGGAGUCCCCCUUGCCGUCUGUACCUGCGAUAGCCAAAUCAGGGUCACUGGACUCAGAACUCUCGGUGUCCCCAAAAAGGAACAGCAUCUCUCGGACACACAAAGAUAAGGGGCCUUUUCACAUACUGAGCUCCACCAGCCAGACAAACAAAGUAGCAGAGGGUCCGAGCCAGGCCCCCGUGCCCGCCUCCGCCUCCACCCGCCUGUUCGGGUUAGCCAAGCCAAAGGAGAAGAAGGAGAAGAAAAAGAAGAAUAAAGGAAGUCGCUCUCAGUCUGGUGAUGGCCCUGCAUCAGAAGUGCCCACGGAGGGUGAAGAGAUCUUCUGCUGACCCUGCCCUCUGUCCCGGCCCGUGGCUGCCAGCUCCCCACUGUCCUGCCGUUCCUGGGUGUGCUCUCCUACCGUGGACGCCCAUGCCAGGAGACCAGGGCCCUGGACCAGGAACAGAUGGUCUCGAAUGUCAGGGUGGGGUGGGAGGCCCGGGGCUGGUGGCAUUGGUGGCAGCCAACGGCUCCACUGAGGAUGUUUCAGUGGUCCGGGCACUGGUUUGGGGCACGUCAGGAACUCCUAAAGGCUGAAAGAGGUUUCCAAAUAAGGUCUGAAGUUAUCCCUGCCUUUUAUUUGGGGGACACAGCAGUCCGACAAGCAGAUAGUGGGACUUUGUCCGUGUGCGUACCGGUACCCAUCUGCAUGGACACGUAGGGUCUGCCGGAAGCGGGCACCCUCCGUGGCAGGCGCCGGCUCGGCAAUGAAAGUGCUGCCCGGCCUGCUCAGGUAGCGCGUGGGCGCCUGGGGCUCCCCCGGUCCUCUGCGGCGGUUUUCCCAGAACCUUACCCCGUGCACACCUCACCCCUCUUUGCAUGUAUUUCUCAUUUCAUUUUGGAAGGGAGGGCAAACGUUUGUGAAAACCAGUGAGAGAAGGUGUGAUGUGUUCAAAGAGCAUAUAUAUGUACAUGAUCUGCACCAUCCUGAUUUGGGGAUUUCAGCUAUUUAAAAAAAAAAAAUCUAAUUUCAACAUCCAAUCCAAAGAAAUCCUAUUCUGGCUUCCUGUUUUUCCUGCAUUGUGACACUUUUUGGUUGUCACUGACCCACAGCCUCCUGGCAACCUCCCAAGGGAAGAGCUACAGCUCCAGCACGAGGUUGUCCCCACCCCUGUUACCAGGACAACCGGCUGAGUAGGUUCAGGUGAAGGAGUUCAGCCCGUGUGCAGCAAUUUCCACCAGUGUAGACCGAGGGAAUCACUGGCCCAGGUGUGGCUCAGAAACGUUUUCAUUCUGUCUUGGGGGCCUCGGCAGAAUUUGAUCUCUUAAAACCUUUUUCCAGUCUGAAGGUCUGUUGGUUGUUGUAGGUCACCCCUCGAAGGUGACACAAAUGUUGUGUGGUCUUUGUCUUUUCCCCACCGUGGGUGAUCCACGUCUGCUCGAGGCUCGUCACCAGCUGGUUGGAGCAGGACAGUUCGUGGAGUCCCCUCUGAGGCCCGUGUGCCUGCUGGAUUCACUGCCUCCCUGCAGGGGGACAGCCUAGAAAAGUCUGUGCUUUCAGGGCGCCCUUCGAUUCCUGCUUAGUGGCCCUCAGGAGCAUGGGUCUUGGGACAUACUUGUUGGAAAAGCAAAAUCUGUAACUUGGUGCUUGUUGAUGAAUUGCAAGCUGGCCUUGCAGAUGGAGAUAUUUAUCUUUCAGUUUAUUUGAAAGAGGUCUGCUUUAAAAUUUUUAGCUUAGAUUUAUUUAUUUGUGUGUGUGUGUGUGUGUGUGUUAAGGGUAAACAUACCGGCCCAACGGUUUCAGCUCUCCGAUCCACGAGGAACUUGAUGAGCCAGCAGUGCGGCUCACUCCUCAGUGUCUGUCCAAGUGCCUUGAGGGCCCAAAAGAAAAUUAAGGGUGGGGGCAGGAGUCCGUGUCCUUCCCACCUCCUACCCCACCUCCCUUCUUUGCUCUAGGGUUGUCUUCCUUGCUUGAGAGUCGAGAAACGCCACCUGUGGGUUACAUUUGCCUCUUUCUGUCCUGGAGAUCUAGCCUUCAGAAACAGACUCUCAGAACCAAACCAA